CUCUUUUCCGACCCUCUUGCCCUUCUCACAAAUUUGCUUGUGUCCAUGCACAUCUUUCUGAUUAGGCAUGGCGAAACAGAGCACAAUGUCGCCGGCCUUUUUGCCGGGGUCACGGAUUCCAGGCUUACCGUCCACGGAGUUCAACAAACAAAGAGCUUAGGAAAAUAUCUCACUACUCAUCGCAAUUUACGCUUCACACGAGUAUAUGCCUCGGAUCUCCAACGUGCCUACAUGACAGCAGAAGAGAUCCAGCGACACCAAGCUUCUCACUGGACCGAAGAACGAGCUCCAGACGUCGUCAGGCUGGAACUCCUGCGUGAACAAGACUUUGGCUCUUAUGAAUUAGUACCCUGGGCAUCGAGGCGAGCACAACAAGCCCCAGACCCCCAAGACCCAUCGUUUCGACCACAGGAGACUGCAGAGUCGAUGGCGCUAAGAGCAGACAUGUUUGUCACUGACCACAUUGUACCUCUAUCGGCAUCGCUAGCCACAAACGAGCAGGACAUUCAACCAGAAUGUGUAGCGGUCGUGUCCCACGGACUCUUCCUAUCUGCGUUGUGGAGGACUUUGGUUACCAAAUUCCACGCGGGAACUGUAACCUUAGGACCUAAUGUCGAGGUUCUCGGCUAUGGUCGACCACUGGAGUAUCUUCCUUCCUGGAGCAACACUGCGUUCCUGGAAAUGACCUUCCACCCAUCAUCCGUCUAUCCAAAUGCGAGAACAGCCGGUGAAGAGCCUGCAGCACCAACGCAGAGCACACUAUUGCCGUUCGCUGGAGUUUCCCUGGUCGUGCAUGCUAUCAAUGGCAGGGAUCACCUCGUGGAUCUUAAGCGGGCACGAGGCGGAAUUGGCUCAUCCCCGUAUGAUGCUAAGCAGAAGAGUCUCGACGGCUUCUUUAAACGGCCGAAGGGUGGUGCAGGUGCGGCCGCUAGCUGAUUGACUGAUACAAAGGCACUUUCGAACUGCCUAAUCAUCAUUUGGGUCUCUCAUAACGAAGUCAUAAUCAUGGAGGCCGAUGCGAAAGUUGCCCUCCAGCGACCAGGCUUCAAAACGAAAUCAAAGGAUGCUAACUGUCGAACGUUGAGCAACACUCACACUCUGCUAACCUCCGGGACAAUUCUGGCCUGCGUCUUAUGGAGGUCACCUGUACGGCUUUUCCGUCGAGCCUCGUUCUGCAGCAUGCUGCAGUGUCUCCCGGCAGUACUCCUUGCCCUCACUAGUGUACUUGGAGGGCUAGGCUGCUGGCAAUCUUCCCUGCCCACUCGAUUCUCUUGGCCCACCCAUCAUAGCGCCCCCUUUUCGUGCCCGCAGGCUUAUGGCUGCGUGAAGUGUUUUGAGUUGUGCAUGAGCAAAUCCAACCACUCACUAACUGGGGUCGACGGCUCAUCAACCGAUUCGUGUUCCUACGAGAUGAUACUGUGUACCACGAAAUUUCGGUAUCUGGAUGUUUGUUCCUCGUGGUCUAUGUGAGCCUUCCUGCUCCGCGCAAGAUCGGCACUUCGAUAUCAUAUACACUAUCUCAAAGCACUGCAAUGGUCGCGGGUCCGGUGACUACACAGUAUGUCGAGACCGAUCUGAGGCUCUUUGACUCACGUCUGGUCCAGCCUGCCAGUCGAGCAUGCUCACCACGGUAACGUGCAUGGCAACUUUUAGCGCCGAGUCGCAUGCGAUGUGGUAUGCCUCUCGUGUGACAUGUGCGAGAAGGCAACGGUGCUCACCUUGAUCCCUGAUCGGAAUGUCGAGACAGGUGUCGUAGUAGCUUAUCAGACGUAUACGUGUGUUCGGACUCGACAUACAAAAGAGAACACGAAUCGCGAGAGAAAGGUACAAGUCGGUCAAGAAGGCAGUUGCAAAGAAGUAGCAUUCAAGGCUCAACACAAAGGUCGAAAAUUGGAUGUGAUAACCUCCUUCUUAUCCGUCCGCCAGCAUGGUAACUCCCCUCAAGUCGGGAAAAUAUUGUAUCGAGACUGGCUUUCUGGCAAAAAUCGAGUAUCCAAAGACUUUUCCUGUUGAACAGGAAAAAAGCAAAACAAAAAACAAUCGACAACGAGGAUUCGCAAAUUGUCACCAACUUUGCUACUAACUCGUCGGCAUGUGGCUUAAGUAUGACUGAGCGAACGGGAAGUCCUGCUUUCCACAGUCCUAUGGUCGAUUGCGAAGGAGAAUUCGAUAGAUAUAACAUAAGAACCUCAAUUUCUAACCUCAGGAAAGUCUCACUAAGACACUUGGAAGGGAGCGGACUUCGAGGGGGAGAGGCGUGGCCAGGAGACGUACAGUAUGUCCCCGAUAUCACAGAACGGGAGGCGAGGCUUUGUAACGCCUUUGCACCUGCAUUGACCGUGGACAACAUAACCUAGCACAGAUGAUCGAGCGAUUAUCACGCUCGACAGUCUCAGUCUCCGAGAAGCUUUCCUCGGUGUCUUCAUGUUUUGCACUGCCAUCUAAAUAAGCGCAGGCUCUGUACCUAGCCAUGGCAGGCCUCAUUUUCUUGCUUCCCAUCACUUUUGAGCUCAAAAUCCGCUACUCUACCAUCCUGCAAAGAUGCUGAA